AUGGGCGUGCUACGAACUAGGACCAUCCGCGACCUCCUGCUCGUGCUCCUGGGUGCGACAGCCAUGCGCCUCGCGUCCAGCUUCUUCCAGAUCUUCACCCAGGAGCAGUCCAUCAUCGUCAACACCCAGAUCAGCUCCAGGAUCAUACCCCAAAACGACGUCCACGCCCCGGCCGCAGUCGUCGACCGCGGGCGCAAGCAGGUGCAGGAACAGGUGAAGGAGCGCACCGCCCAGAAGUCGGUCGUAACAGAGAUUGCAGACGUCUCGCAUAACUUCCCCGAGACCACCAUCGUCUCGCACGCUCCUGGCUGGACCGUCUUCCGCAAUCUCUACAUGUCCAAUGGCACCCUCUUCGUUGUAACAAACGAACCACCAAUGUCUUUCCCGGACAUCCAGUACAUCACUUCCACCGGUCGGCCCGCAGAAGCGACAGAGGAGAGUGUCCGCGCUCGCAUGCCCACCACCGACAACAUGGACUUCAUCACGCCCGCCCAAGCACGGUUGCGCUGGGGCAGCAACCCCGACCGCUGGGAGCGCAACAGGGUGUGGUCCGUCGAGGGCAACACCUUCCUCUUCAACGACCCGCACCAGUUCCUCGACCACUAUUACCACUUCUGCGCGGAGCUCCUCUUCGGCGCCUGGGCAUUCUGGUCCGGCGCGUUCAAGGCCGUCGUCGACCCUUCCUCCGCCAGCCUCACCACCGCACCGCCAGUACAGCACGUCAUCUUCGCGCACGCGGACGCCUACGGCUGGCGGGACGGGCCCGGCUUCAACUCGUACUUCAUGCGCGCCGUCUUCCCAUCGAUCACGGUCGAGGUCGAGGAAGACUGGGAGGACCGCAUCGACUCGACGGUCUCCCCCGGCGCCCGAGCCCGCGCAUGGCACUUCGACAACGUGCUCCUCGCGGACCGCUCCGCCGCAUUCCGCGGCGAGGCGUGCGGCUCGCGCACGCAGCGCACCGCGGCGGAGGCGGUCGAGCAUAUGCGUCGUGCGGGGAACCUCACCCGCUGGUGGUGGGAGCCCGUGCGCCGCGCGGUGCUCCGCUUCGCGGGCGUCGACGAGCGUGUGAUGGACAUCGGCGUGCGCGCGGAACAGACUGCCGCGGCCCUUGGCAAGACGAGGCCGCAGCUUCUUGCGGGCGCAUCUGCACCCCCGCUGCAUCUCGGCCAGGACGUGGUCAUCACGUAUAUCUCCCGGCAGGGGUCGAAGCGCCAUCUGAUAGAGGGUCAUCAUGAAGCACUAGUCACGGCCUUGACGGAGAUGUGCAGGCGUCACGGGUGGGAGCUUAACAUCGUGCAGGCGGAGAGGCUGAGCAUGGAGCAGCAGCUGGAGUUGGCAGCACGCACCACGAUCAUGCUAGGUGUGCACGGGAAUGGCUUAACGCAUCUUAUCAUGAUGCCCGUCACGCCCAUCUCGGCCGUCAUCGAGAUUUUCUACCCGACCGGGUUUGCGCACGACUAUCAGUGGACGACACACGCCCUGGGCAUGCGACACUUCGCCGUGUGGAACGAUACAUACCAUACGGUGCCCGACAAACCAGACCCCAACUACCCCGAAGGCUUCCAGGGCACGCAGAUCCCCGUCUACCCGCCAACGAUAACCCAAAUCAUCGAGGACCGCAUCGCGGGGCGAGUAUGA